GUGAAGAAUGGGUUGUUUUGUAUGUUGUACUACAUCCGAUAGACAAGUGUGUAUGCGUAUUUAUAUAUAUAUGUUUUAGAGUUAUAUCACGGUUAUAAUUAAUUUCCAUUUUCUCUUAUUAUUAUACUUUAUAUUAAGUGUAUUUCGCGUUUCUUCCACAAGUUUCAGAUAGAAUCAACAGUUAUGCUCCUAUGUGAUAUACGGAGAGGUAAUGCGCAUGUGUCUGUCAUCACCAAGUACCAUUUGAAGUUUUCAGAAGUAAGCUCGCUACGCUGAUACUUUCGUUUCAAUGUAGUAGGCUUACCCGCUGAUAAAAUGUAUGAAGUAAGAUAAUUACAGAUUAAUGAUACUUUUCCGAAUUCUAGCGUGUUUGUUUAGCGAUUGUUCUGAGCAUAGCACGAAACAAAAGAUACCUUCAUGACGAAUUUAUGUGAGGAAGUGGGAAGGGAGCCAAUCACUUUCUGAACUAGCCGUGUCCUACGGUGAACGUCUGAUGUCGCCCCUCAAGGGCAGCGGAAAGACCUCGAGAAGGACUAACAAACGCACUGGAAAAGCCAUAAUGUGGUCAAUGGUGCAGGUAGGGGGCGUGACAAGAGACAACACUAGCGACAUCUGCCAGGCUCCUUGUUCCAGGUCCAAACAUGCCAUGUGUGCCACGAAAGGAGGGCUCUUUUAUUUAUUAGGCGGAAGAAGCGGAAAUUUAGCUCUUAAGGAUUUUUGGAGGUUUAAUCCCAUACAAAAUGAAUGGGAAAGGGUCCGUUGCCAUGGGAACAAUCCGCCCUGUCUCCAAGACCAUACCAUUGUGGCGUGGAAGAAACAGUUAUACGUAUUUGGCGGAGAAGUUGGAUUUGCUUCAACUGGAGAAACUCCUUUAUGGGUCUUUGAUAUCGAAACAGGUGUUUGGAAGAAACAACACGCGCGAGGAAUGACGAUCAGCCAACCUACGGGAAGGAGGGGUCACACAGCUGUGAUAUACCAUGACGUCAUGUAUGUAUACGGAGGUUAUCAGGAUUUGAAAGGGUCAUCGUCAGAAUUGUGGUCAUUUGACUUAGGGACGGAGAAAUGGCACUUGGCUUUACUUCCCAACUAUCUGGAACAACCCCCACCAUGUCACGAUCACUCAGCUGUUGUUCAAGAUGGAAGCAUGUGGGUGUACGGUGGAAUGACAGAUCUUCUGGAGAGGAGUGAUUUCUGGAGACUUGACUUUGAAACACACCAGUGGAGUCGAGUGAGAGCAGUUAAGGGACCAGGGGAACUUCACGGCCACUCAGCCGUGGCGUUCAACAAUCACAUGUACAUAUUUGGUGGAGAACGAGGUGGGGUAAUCCAGGAUGAUCUCUGGAGCUACGACUUUCUUACAGAGACAUGGGAAAGAAUAAUGACUGAGGGGAUUACUCCACAGCCUCGAUGCUCUCAUGUGGUUGUAGUAAACUUACAAAAGGAGGACCUACACAAGUCUAAUAGUCAACAGUCCAAAGUCCCAACCUUGGGUAUCCAAGAGAAGACGCCUCUCCCAUCUCAUCCACCGAAGUCCAUCUCCAUGUGCUUUGGUCAGCCAUCAAACGAUCCAGAAGAUAAAAGACGAGAGACGAAAUGUAAAAGCCACGUGGUAUCCAGACUCUGUAGUAAACGAACUGGUGCUGUGGAUGAUGAGGAUAGUACUGUAUAUAUAACGACGUACAAUCCUGGUACGGCUCAAGUCAAUCUCAGGUCUCUGAGGGAGAAGUUUCAGAGUAGUCGUCUCAUAAGAAGUAUAUCCAGUGGAAGUUAUAACAUACUACACCACCAGGGGGAUAACAUCCGUGACGAAUUAGAACGCCUCGUGGAAGAAACACCGCCUCCACAGCAGCGUCCCCUAGCUCGCCAGUCCAUCCAGAAGUCCCAUAGUUCGGAUGCCGUCCUCGAGUCUGAUAGUGAGUCGUCCACGCCUCAGCACAAGCUCCGACCCCGAUCGGAGGCUCUUCCCUUCAAGGAUCAGAGUGCACUCUUUGAUGAAGUAGUCAGUAAUAGCCCAGAUAAUCGAUGUUUAAGACAGUUAAGAACCUCUCAAAGUGUAUAUCAGUUCUGUUGGACAAGCGAUGAAAAAGUAACCAAUGGGGAUUCCAGCGCUGCCAGUCAUGAUACUACAUUCCCACAAAACGUAUCUUCCAAUAAGCUUGUACAGGGUGAUCUAGGUUACCAUGGUAGCCAGUACACGUCAACACGAACUUCGCGUCUUAUCUAUGAAGGGCCACUUUCAACAGUUCGAGAUGUAGAGGAAGAAAACAGCGAAGCUAGUGUCAUCAGUGAAGUUGACCAUCAGCGGAUCAGUUUGGAACCUGCCGGUGAUCUUCUGAUUGAGUUCGAAGAUCCUGACCAUUUAGAGUCGGAGAGACCAAAGUCCAGCGGAUAUACGUCAUGCGCCACACUUUCGGAUCUAACAUCACAACUAUGUACCCCUAACGUUGAAAGUCGCGGUUUUCCACAUUCUGUGUCUCAAUGUUCUGGCUACCACUCUAUAACUGAAGAGGAAGCAAUUGGAAAGGACUCUCAUCGUGAAUUUGCUGGAUGUCUUAACUCGGCCAAGUCUAAAAAGAAACCAUUUCGAAGUCGCGAAUUUCCUUUUGAACUCAAAAUGCUCAAUCUGAUCGAAAAUCCAAUGUCAGGGCUAAAUGUCAAACAAAAUGUUGCAGCUGCUGGUAAAGGUCGAUCGCGCUCUUGGGAUAGAGCAUCUCAUCGUAAAGACGUUGUGAGUUAUCCACUCUACUCCAAAACCACAACGUUAUCUGAGCCCAGAGAGAAGGACAAGAAAAAGAUUUCGCUUCGAGAGGUCACAAAGCGAGAUAGGCAGUCAAAAUCGCCACUGAAAAAGUGGACAGUAUCCGGAAGUCCGGGGAGGUCAAGAAUUGAACAACAUAAUUGGGAACUUUGCAUGUAUGUUUUUGGAGGUCGCGAACGUGGAGCAACCACUGUUGAUAGGCAACCUAUCCCUGUCUGGAAGCUUUAUGUUUGAUCCUUAAUGUUCAGUAUUGUUAAGUAUUCGUGAUUCAAUAGCUGGUUCGGCUUAUGUAUGACAUCUUAGAUACAUUGGAUUUUUUUUUUUUAAUUCUCGAAGUUUUCAAAGUUUGUAAGCACCAUUAACAUAAGAUCCAUUCACCGUACUACCAAACACUACCAAUUUAAUAGUCUGAAUAGUUUUAUCAAACUUUUUUAUGUUGGAAACACAAGCUGGUAUGGACGCGUAUGCUGCCAGCAGAAAUAUAUAAAAAAGUGUCCUAUACAUAUCUGCUACAUACCACUUUUGUUUCGCUUCAAUAGAAAAUGCCGUUCUUAUAGUAUAGAAAACACGGUCAAAAGCUAUAGUUUUAAAUUUUAAUUACAAUUUGAUAUCAUUUUAAUUAAAUGCAUUUCACGUACACAGUUAUUAAUCCUAUCGAACCAGCACCGUCCGUGAUAUUUUAAACAUAAUUCAUAUACCACAGAAAGCUUUUAUCCGUUUUUAUUACUGUUGUAUUACCAUAACUGGAACAACAGACAGUAACAAGAAUAAACUCUGGUAGAGGGACGAGAAAACAAUAAUAGCAGAGAGGACUUUAACGCCUCAAUAAUAAUUCUGUCUUCCAGAGUAUUAAAAAACAAAGUUCUUGGGAUAUCAAACUUAUAACUUUUUUUUAUAAAGUAUUUAUAAAACUACAGUUAUAAACAUUUCCCAUUUUCCAUCUAGAGAUAGCUUUAAAAAAAUCUCAAUAUUUUAUGAAUAUUGGACAAUUUAAAAAUAUUCUUUUAACAUGAACUAGAUUUUUGGGGAGUCAAAUUAUCGAAAAGUUUUCAUAAUUUUUCCAUCCGAUAAACUAACAGUAACGCAAUUAUAUUUGUGAGCAAUUUUACUAACAGUGAACACUUGAAAAUCCACGAAGUUUACUUCUACGUUUGAAAAAAAAACACAGUAGUUAUACAUAUAACGCUGAAAUUAGCAGUCAAAUCAAUAUUAUAAUUUGUAGAGCAUUGUUACUGAUGAAACUUUGAACAACUGAUAGUAACUUAAAAUGAACAGUGUUAAACUAAACACUUGACUGUGUACAAGUAAUGACACCCCAGCUUUUCACUGUAAAACUGAGUGACACACUAUUAUUUGAAACACAGUAACAAGAUCAGGAAUUAUCAUAUUUAAAUAAUUAGAUAAAUCAUGAGCUCUAAAUUAUUGAUAUUUUGAUAUGUCGUGAGAGAUUACGCACCCAAAAUACACCGAACAAUGUCUAAUUGUUAAUAACAAAAGAGUUGACUAAUGGCAAAAAAAAAGACGUGUAAGUGUACAUCUAAGGAUUUUAUAAGUUUUGUAAUGUUCGAAAACUAAAUGUUUCUGUUGUACGAUUUCGAAUAAAAUUCUGAAAAGUUUUAA